ACCUCUCUCUGCGCGGGUUUCGCUCCCGUUCGGUCCGCGCCGGUCGCAGCCUGAUUGACGGCUAACCCCGUCUAACCUGUUGGCAGGAUUAACUGCCGGAGCCGUGCGCCCUUAAAUCAUGAAGCCUCCCAGGCAUCCAACAACAUCACUGAAAACAUCAUGCUAAAAAAGCGUGGGAGCAAACAUACAUCGCUGGGAUGAUUGGGAAAGUGCAAGAGCAUCGUCCAUUAUCCAGAACCUAUGCAGGUGAGAUGUGCUUCUAAGCAAGAUUUUGCUGCUCAUAACAAAAUGAGGGGCAGGAUACCAGUUAUUCUUCUUGCCUGUGGCUCCUUUAACCCCAUUACAAAUAUGCACCUGCGUUUAUUUGAAGUGGCUAGAGAUCACCUUCACCAAACAGGAAGGUACCAGGUGAUUGAAGGCAUAAUUUCCCCUGUAAAUGACAGCUAUGGAAAGAAAAACCUUGCAGCUGCAAAACAUCGGGUCGCCAUGGUACGACUGGCCCUACAGACAUCCAGCUGGAUUCGAGUGGAUCAAUGGGAAAGCGAACAAAAGGAAUGGAUAGAAACAGUGAAGGUGUUGAGACACCACAGUGAAUUGCUCAGAUCCUUACCCAGGAGGAAAGAGGCCACAAGCUCCAGGGCAGGCUCUGAAAUACCUACUGAGGAUAUCACCACUCCAGCACAUACAGCUGUUCCUGAGUUAAAACUGCUCUGUGGUGCGGAUGUCCUGAAGACAUUUCAAACCCCCAGCCUCUGGAAAGAUGAACACAUCCAAGAAAUAGUUGAAAAGUUUGGCUUAGUAUGUGUUAGCAGGGCCGGCCAUGACCAUGAACAAUACAUCUCUGAAUCAGCCAUUUUAACUCACUACCGGCAUAACAUACACCUGGUCAAGAAUGUGGUACAGAGUGAUUUGAGCGCCACAUACGUAAGACAAGCCUUGUACCAAGGACAGAGCGUGAAGUAUCUGCUUCCAGACUCAGUCCUUUCCUACAUUAAGGACCAUCACCUGUACCUGGAAGAGAGCAAAUAGACGUAAUUAAAGGAUUGGGAUGAUGCAGGAAAUGUGGUAGAUUGAGCACACAAUACAUUAUCAGGUUCUCUGAACACUCCAUCUCUGUCCAGAACUCUCCCCUACCACCAAAAAAGAAAAAAGAAACACAAUUAAUUUUAUUGGGACACAUUUCCUGCAAAUAUAAGAAACAUUUCCAUAGGAAAAACUAUUAAGUUAUGAAGGAAAAAGUGUGUUACAAAAGUUACUCCAUCGCAAAUUGAUGGAUCAUGAAAAAAAAAAAAAAGAAAGCCUUUCAAGGCCACAAGGUUAAGAAGUUUGUGGAGGCUUCUUUAUUCUACAUGUGAAAUUUGGCUUACACUGUUAUUAGGAGCUUUCAGGGUUUGCACAAAUAAUAAGUUGGGGUUUCUUUAAGUAUGGCAAAGUGUUCCCUACUCCUAUUAUAAGUAUUGUGCAUAUUGAAUUCUUUAAUAAGUCUUUAAGCGCAAUAUCCUCUUCUUUAUAGGAGAUAUUUGACAGGAUGCUAAUUACUUUACAGUGGACUUAGUAAGCCUUUGUUUUGAAAAGAAUAGUUCUAAUUGAGCAAUAUCAUAACAGGAAGUUCAGUAGUGACAAGUGUGGACUCCUUGGCUGUGUGCUCAGCACUUUCCCAAGCAGUAUUGGAUAUUCCACAGAGAACCAUUUAAGGGCAAUGCAUUUCUGUUCAGUAUAAUAAAAGUGAAAAUUAAGCUAUUUUCUAAACAAAUGUUUUACAUAUUUUAAUAUAAUAAAUAUUUUUAAUACUGUUCCAGUAGUACACGUGAUAUUCCUGACUACAAAUGUCAAUGCUCUUAUUUCUCAGGUUUCUUAAAAAAAAAACCAGUAAAUUCAUUUCAUUUUAACAGUAUCUUUUGAGUCUUUCAUGUCUGCAUGGUGGCACAAAUAAAAAAUAAAAUGACAUCAGAAAGUCCUAA